AUGCUGCCCCUAAAUAUCCGCAGGUUGUGGCGGCCACCAGGCGGCUGCAGUGGCGUCACAGUGCCUCUGGGUGCCGCUGUUGCCCGACGCGGAGCGGCUCUGGAGCAGCAGCCGGAGCCGCCGCAGUCUGCUCGUUCCCUCCGCGCCAGCCAGAGCGGCAGAGGCCCGGGGAGCAGAAGCGAGAGGCGGCGCGGCGCUGCACUCCGCCGGCCUCUGCGCUCGGGACCGAGAACGGCUGGAAGGGAGAGAGGGCAACGGCAAGAGAGAGAAUUGCGGCGAGCGCGGCACACAAUGGCGGGGAGACAGAGCCCGGGUCGGCGGCGAGCAGCCGGGCGAGUGUUGCUGCUGCUGCCGGCUGUGCUGCUAUGCUUGCGCUGCCAGGCGGCGCCGGACAGGAUCCGCUACACCAUUGCCGAGGAGCUGGGCAGAGGUUCGCUGGUGGGACCGCUGGCAAGAGACCUGGGGCUGAGCCCGGCAGAGCUGCCGGCACGCAAGCUGCGAGUAACGUCUGCCGCUAAAAAGCAGCUGCAAUACUUCACCGUGAGUGGGGAGAGCGGAGAGCUGUACGUGAGCGAGAGGCUGGACCGGGAGGAGAUGUGUGGAAAGGCACCGACCUGCUCUGUCAGCUUCGAGGCGCUGGUGCACAACCCGCUCAAUGUUUUCCAUGUGGAGGUGGCCAUCCAGGACGUCAACGACAAUGCACCGCGCUUCCUCCAAGACAAUUUCCAGCUGGAAAUCAACGAAUUUACUACUCCCGGCGCCCGCUUUUAUCUGGGCAUGGCAGAAGACGCAGACGUGGGCAGCAACUCCCUGCAGGGCUACGAGCUGGAGACCAACAAGUACUUUGAGGUAGAGGUGAAGGAGAACGAGGACGGCAGCAAGUUCGCGGAGCUGGUGCUGCGCCGAGCGCUGGACCGGGAGACCGAGCAGAGCCUGCGGCUGGUGCUGACGGCUCUGGACGGCGGCGACCCGCCCCGGAGCGGCACCGCCCAGCUCUUUAUUAACGUCACCGACGCCAACGACAAUCCCCCGGUGUUCGCGCAGGACCGGUACCGAGUGAGCCUGCGCGAGGAUGCGCCUCGGGGCUCAAUACUGCUGAACGUCUCGGCCACCGACGCUGACGCCGGCACCAACGCCCACAUCACCUACGGUUUCGGGAAAAUGCCAGCCAAGGUGCUGGAGAAGUUUGCCGUGGGCGCGGAGAGUGGGACUAUAACGCUGCAGGAAGCGCUGGACUUUGAGGACACACGUUCAUUUAACUUGGCUAUUGAGGCGAAGGACGGGGGUGGUCUAGUGGCACAUUGCAAGGUGGAAGUGGAGGUGCUGGACGUAAACGACAAUGCCCCUGAAAUCACCAUGCUGUCGGUGUCAAGCCCAGUACCUGAAGAUGCUCCGAUCGGCACUGUGUUGGCUCUGGUGAAUGUGAAUGACCCGGACUCCGGGGAGAACGGCCAGGUGCGGUGUGAGCUGUCGGGAGAAGCUCCUCUGUCACUCCUGGCAUCGUCAGGCAGCUUGUACAAGGUGGUGACGGCGAGCGCGCUGGACCGGGAGGAGGCAUCUGAACACCGAGUGACGCUGGUGGCCAGAGACCGGGGCAGCCCGGUGCUGUCGAGCCAAGCGACGCUGGUACUGGAGGUGUCGGACGUGAACGACAACGCGCCGGUGUUCGAGGAGGAGGUGUACAGCGCCUACGUGGCCGAGAACAACGCGGCGGGAGCGCCGGUGCUGCGCGUGCACGCACGGGACGCGGACGCGGGCGCCAACGGGCGCGUCAGCUACUGGCUGGAGGGCGGCAGCGCGGACUCGGUAGCGCCGCCGGUGUCGGUGGAGGCGCAGAGCGGCGCGGUGUACGCGCAGCGCUCCUUGGACUACGAGCAGUGCCGCGAGUUCACGGUGACGGUGCGGGCGCAGGACGGCGGGGUGCCGGCGCGCAGCUCGACGGCCACGGUGCGCAUCUUCGUGCUGGACCGCAACGACAACGCGCCGCGGGUGCUGUGGCCGGCGGCAGCGUCGGCAGCAGGCGAGGCGCCGCCCUUCGAGGUGGUGCCGCGCACGGCCGAGGUGGGCUACCUGGUGGCCAAGGUGGUGGCGGUGGACGCGGACGCGGGGCGCAACGCCUGGCUGUCGUACGAGCUGCUGCAGGCGCCGGAGCCGGCGCUCUUCCGCCUGGGGCUGCACAGCGGCGAGGUGCGCACGGCGCGGGCCGUGUCGGAGCGCGACGCGGCCAAGCAGCGCCUGGUGGCGCUGGUGAAGGACCACGGGCAGCCGGCGCUGUCGGCCACGGCCACGCUGCACGUGGUGCUGGCCGAGAGCUUGCAGGAGGCGCUGCCGGAGCUGAGCGAGCGGCCGGCGGGCGCCGACUCGCCGGCCGAGCUGCAGUUCUACCUGGUGCUGGCGCUGGCUCUGCUCUCGGCGCUCUUCCUGCUCAGCCUGGGGCUGGCCCUGCUGGCGCGGCUGCGGAGGGCCGGGCCGCCCGCCGUCCUGCGCUGCCUGGGCGCGCAGCGCUUGUCUCUGGCGGGCGCCGCCUUCCCGGCCGACUUCUGCGAGGGCACCUUGCCCUACUCCUACAACCUGUGCGUGGCUCCAGGACGCGCCCUGACCGAGGCCGCUUGGCUGCCGCCGCCGCUGCCCGUAGAGGGGCUCGUGUGCGGGGAGUCCUGCGGGAAGCCGAACUCAAAUAACUCCGCCGACGCGGGUGACCCUUCCGCGGACCUUGAUGCGCCGCAGUAUUCCCCGAGGGUGUGGAUGCGGAGUGCUGAUCUCUGUGGUGGCAGGAGUGAGGUUACGAAAACCGUAUAUGAGAUCACGAUUAAUAGACCGUUAAAGGAGAUAAGCCAAACAUCUGCGGGCAGUGUCGUGUGGCUGCAGUUCCGGCAGCAGGCUGCGGGCGCCGCUGUUGACCGCGCAGGAGCCGGAGGAAGCCGUAGCACUGCAGGCAGCCCCGCCCGCUGCGGCCCGGCUCGCUGGCUGGCUGGCUCGGAGUCGGAGCGAUCUGCGAGCGUCCCCGCGGUGCGGAGCCGAGCUGCAGCGGGCGGCAGCGGGGAGCUGGAGCCAGAGGUUCAUCUCGAACCGUUGCGGCGGUGA